GAACUUUGUAGUGCUCUGGAGCAAGACCAUGAGGAGCUACAAAUGGCAAAGGAAGCUGUAGAGCAAAGGACACAAGAGCUGAGGAGAGAGGGAGAACUUCUUCAUAAAAACCUUGAGCAACAAAUGUGUUUAAACAGAGAUGAAGAGAGAUCCUGCCAGAUGGGCAUUUUUUCAGCAAAGGAAGAGAAUAACAGACUGAGGCAGGAGAAGCAGGUGCUGAAAAAGAAACUGGAAGAAGUGAGGAAGAGGGCCCUCUGGGAGGAUCCGGUGACGAUGCUGCCUGCCUUGCCAGAGAAGAAAAUGGUGUUUAAGGGACUUGUGACAAACAAGGAGGACAUGAACAAGCUGAUGCUCACCCCACUGAUCCGCUACCCUCUGCCAGGGGGCUCAGCUCUCAUCACCUUUGAGAAGGCAGAGGUGGCCCAGAGGAUCAUAGAGGUGAAGGAGCACAUGGUGGAGCUGAGCUACGGGGAGGAGCUGGAGGAGCUCGACCAGUGCAGAGUGCGAGUGCAGGCAGCACCGGUGGACAUACUGCUGCCGUCUGCCCUGGAGAUUGGGCUGACUCGGAGCAACAGGAGUAUCCUCGUGUCUGACCUGCCCAGCCUGGGCAUCUCCGAGGAGGCACUGCUGGACAAGCUGGAGCUCUUCUUCAGCAAGACGAAGAAUGGGGGUGGCGAGGUGGAGAGCAGGGAGUUCCUGGACGACACUGGCCAGGUGGUGCUGACCUUCGUGCAGGAUGGAGUGGCAGAGCCGCUAAUUGCGAGAGGACACAUCCAGGUGCUUAUUGGGAAAGGAAAAUAUGAGCUCAAAAUAUCACCAU